AUGCCCUAUAUUCACCGAACAGUAUCAUCGAAAUCAAAUAAUGUGUCAGUAGACAAAAAGACGAAAUAUAGAUUGCAGGUGACGGCAGGGCCAGGAUAUGAUUCAGCAUGUCAUUCUAUUGUUCCCGUCAACCAGCAGGAAACUGUGACUUUUGAGAACGAUCUGGCUUUUGUAAGCCUUUGCGUGAGGGUCAAGAAUUACAGAGGUUAUCCCGAAGGCUCUCCUAGCACACACGCCUAUUUUUCCUAUCCUCUUCACAAAAGCCAAGAAUACUCCGUCACCUUUUCCUUCCAACCGAAGAAGGCCAUUUCAGGCGAUAGCCUCGUUUUCGGCAAUGAUUUCGACAAUCCAAUCCGAGACCGCUUGCCUCCCGGGUUCAACACUGCUCUACGUAUCGUUAAAUGGAUGAUUGACCCAGGUCUUUACGGUAACGCAUAUACCGAUAAGCCAUAUCUAUAUGGUCCUGCGCUUUCUAGUUUGAAUUGCCUACGAAUAUGUGGAAGACCAGGAUCGAAAAAUUGGCGAAAGGAGCUACACACUGAAGUUAUCGAGGAAGGUGGUGAGGCCGAAGGAGAAGUGUCCAGACGGGAAAUGAAUAUCCCAGAUCAGGCACAUGAGAGGCAAAAGCAUUUCCUCCAAAGGGAAAACCGCCAGACUUUCUGGUUUGAACCUGGCGUCGUUUAUAAAGCAGACUUUGGAAAUGGGUAUAUCGACUUUCAAAAUUUCUCUUUGAAACUCCCAGGUUUCUCCAUACCAGUCAUACAAUACGUUAACGACAAAAACCACAACCUGCGAUAUGUGUUGAAGGAUAGGGACAGCGGAGAAGUUAUCUUCGCACUUGUUUUCAAACUAAUCUUUGAGGGGUGA